UUAAAUUAGAAAAUGAGAAGGAAAAAACACAACCCUACCCUAACCUUCCAUUUCCCUCUCUCUGGCUUGGUCACCCCCGUCCCGGCCUCCCUCAAAUUGUAGAUGCCAACCCGAACAUUCCAGUUGCCGACGAAGGCGUCGGCGACGAUCGCCGGUAGUCCACGUUCAAUCACAAGACUCACAAUUGAUACCUUCAAUUUCCCUCAAAUCGUCGAUUCGCCGACAUCUGCCGUGAGCUUCAGCUCAUCUUUGUUUAAUCCAGGUACUCUUAAUUUGGCUUCUCUUGGGCGACCUCGUCCAGCACUUCCAUAUGGAAAGUGGGACGGAGAAGCCCACUGUUGCUUUCAUUGCUGGAGUUACUGGAAUGGCGGUCGCAGAGGGGUUAACGAAGUUGCUGUACACUGUGGUGGUCAAGGAUGAUGCGAGGGAGGAGGAUUCGUCGUCGUUUCGGUACACGCGUUCCCAGAAGUGGUAGAGCAGAUCAUGAGGGUAAUCAACCUGGUGAUCUUUAUGUUAUAAUCAAGGUUGCUUGAUUUGUCCCUCUGUCUUCAAUGCCAUUUUUUCUGUGCAAUUUGUAGUGUGGAUAGUUUAUUGUAGUUUCGAGCUUUAUAGAGGACGCAACAGAAACUUUUUAAUCCCUACGCCUUUUUAGUUAGAUGAUGUAUCACAUUCUAAUGUUCAAGUGUAUUAAUUCAAAAAUUUGUAAUGAAAUUAUCAAUUUUUAUGCUA